AACAGACGAGCGGACCCUGCCCCAAACACCAGUGUAUGAGUGGAGUGUAGCAGAAACAGAAAGCACCCCAACUUUUUUCCUCUCGCCUCAAAGAGUCUACAUGUCUAGUGGAUUCUAGACAUGUUCAGCUUUGUGGAUAUGCGGCUGGCGCUGCUGCUCGGCGCCGCGGUGCUGCUGGUCAGAGCGCAGGGCGAGGACGACCGUGCGCAGGGUGCCUGCACCUUGGACGGCCAGGUGUUUGCGGACCGGGAUGUGUGGAAACCGGAACCGUGUCAGAUCUGUGUGUGUGACAGCGGCACCGUGAUGUGUGACGAGGUCAUCUGCGAGGACACAACCGACUGCCCCAACCCCAUCAUCCCCCACGACGAGUGCUGCCCCAUCUGCCCCGACGACGGCUUCCAACAGGCUCAAGUUGAGGGACCCAAGGGAGAGCGCGGAUCCAAGGGAGAGAGAGGUCUUCCCGGUCCCCCUGGUAACGAUGGAAUCCCCGGUCAGAACGGUAUGCCCGGACCUCCCGGCCCCCCCGGACCCCCCGGCCUCGGUGGAAACUUCUCCCCUCAGAUGUCUGGUGGCUACGAUGACAAAUCCCCUGGCAUGUCUGUUCCUGGACCCAUGGGCCCUAUGGGACCCCGUGGACCCCCUGGACCUGCCGGCUCAAGUGGACCUCAGGGAUUCACUGGACCCCCUGGUGAGCCUGGUGAGGCCGGUUCUUCUGGUCCCAUGGGUCCCCGUGGCGCCGCCGGCCCCCCUGGCAAGAACGGCGAGGAUGGUGAGUCUGGCAAACCCGGCCGUGGCGGUGAGCGCGGACCUUCCGGCCCUCAGGGAGCUCGUGGAUUCCCCGGAACCCCCGGCCUGCCCGGAAUCAAGGGACACAGAGGUUUCAGUGGUCUCGAUGGUGCCAAGGGAGACUCUGGCCCCGCUGGACCCAAGGGAGAGUCUGGAACUGCUGGUGAGAACGGAACCCCCGGAGUUAUGGGAGCUCGUGGUCUGCCCGGUGAGAGAGGUCGCUCUGGUGCUUCUGGAUCUGCUGGAGCUCGUGGUAACGAUGGUGCCGCUGGUGCUGCUGGACCUCCUGGUCCCACCGGCCCUGCUGGACCCCCUGGCUUCCCUGGUGGCCCCGGAUCAAAGGGUGAGGGCGGAGCUCAGGGAAGUCGUGGACCUGAGGGUCCCGCUGGAGCCCGUGGUGAGCCCGGUAACCCCGGACCCGCCGGAGCUGCUGGACCUUCUGGAAACUCUGGAACUGAUGGAGCCUCUGGAGCUAAAGGACUUCCUGGCUCUGCUGGAGUUGCUGGAGCUCCCGGUUUCCCCGGACCUCGUGGACCCCCAGGAGCUCAGGGUGCUGCUGGUGCCACUGGAGCAAAGGGAAACACUGGUGAGGCUGGUGCCCCAGGAUCCAAGGGAGAGGCCGGUGCCAAGGGAGAGAGCGGUGCCGCAGGACUUCAGGGACCCCCAGGACCUUCCGGUGAGGAGGGCAAGCGAGGAGCCAGAGGAGAGCCCGGUGCUGCAGGAGGCCGUGGAGCCCCCGGAGAGCGUGGCGGUCCCGGCGGUCGUGGUUUCCCCGGAUCUGAUGGUUCUGCUGGAGCCAAAGGUGCCCCUGGUGAGCGUGGUGCCCCUGGUCUGCUUGGACCUAAAGGUUCCACUGGUGAGGCUGGACGCACUGGUGAGGCGGGUCUCCCUGGAGCCAAGGGUAUGACUGGUAGCCCUGGCAGCCCUGGACCUGAUGGCAAGCUGGGAGCAACUGGUGCCCCUGGACAAGAUGGCCGCCCCGGACCCCCUGGCGCCGUUGGAGCUAGAGGCCAGCCUGGAGUUAUGGGAUUCCCCGGACCCAAGGGAGCAGCUGGUGAGGGUGGAAAGCCUGGCGAGAGAGGAGUCCUGGGACCCACCGGCCCCGUUGGUGCCCCCGGAAAAGAUGGUGAUGUUGGUGCUCAGGGUCAAUCUGGACCUGCUGGCCCUGCUGGUGAGAGAGGAGAGCAAGGAGCUGCUGGAGGUCCUGGUUUCCAGGGUCUUCCAGGACCCCAGGGUGCUGUUGGUGAGAGUGGCAAGCCCGGAGAGCAGGGUCUGUCCGGUGAGGCUGGAGCCACAGGACCCGCUGGAUCCAGAGGUGACAGAGGAUUCCCCGGUGAGCGUGGAGCCCCCGGCGCCUUGGGACCUGCUGGUGCCCGUGGAUCCCCCGGAGCUACUGGAAACGAUGGUGCUAAGGGAGAUUCUGGAAACCCCGGUUCCCCCGGAGCUCAGGGUCCUCCUGGCCUCCAGGGAAUGCCUGGUGAGCGUGGAUCCGCUGGUCUUCCAGGACUGAGGGGAGAUAGAGGUGACCAAGGAGGCAAGGGUGCUGAUGGAGCUCCUGGUAAGGAUGGUCCUCGUGGUAUGACUGGACCUAUUGGACUUCCCGGAUCUGCUGGAGCCAGUGGAGACAAGGGAGAGCCUGGUGCACCUGGAAUUGUUGGACCUGCUGGAGCUCGUGGAGGACCUGGUGAGCGUGGAGAGUCUGGACCCCCCGGACCCGCUGGAUUCGCCGGACCCCCUGGUGGUGAUGGACAGCCUGGUGCUAAGGGAGAGUCUGGAGAUAACGGUGCUAAGGGAGACGCUGGUCCCCCCGGCGCCUCUGGACCAGUUGGUGCUGCUGGACCCGCGGGUCCCGUUGGAAACACUGGCGCCAAGGGAGCCCGUGGAGCUGCUGGACCUCCUGGUUCUACUGGCUUCCCUGGCGGUGCUGGUAGAGUUGGACCCCCCGGCCCCUCUGGCAACUCUGGACCUCCCGGACCCUCUGGAGCUGUUGGCAAGGAGGGACCCAAAGGAAACCGUGGUGAGACUGGACCUUCUGGUCGCACUGGUGAGAUGGGUGCAGCUGGACCCCCAGGAGCUUCUGGAGAGAAGGGUAACGCCGGAUCCGAGGGUGCACCUGGUAGUUCUGGUAUUCCUGGACCUCAGGGUAUUGCUGGAGGCCGUGGUAUUGUUGGUCUGCCUGGACAGAGAGGAGAGAGAGGUUUCCCUGGCAUGCCCGGACCUUCUGGAGAGCUUGGAAAGCACGGACCUGGUGGACCCAGUGGUGAGCGUGGACCUCCCGGACCCAUGGGACCCUCUGGACUCGCAGGAGCCCCAGGCGAGACUGGACGUGAGGGAGCCGCUGGUAACGAGGGAUCAGCUGGUCGCGAUGGACCUGCCGGACCCAAGGGAGACCGGGGAGAGAGCGGCCCUGCCGGAGGUUCUGGUGCCCCUGGACCCCCUGGCGCCCCCGGACCUGUUGGACCCGCCGGAAAGAGUGGUGACCGUGGAGAGAGUGGCCCUGCUGGUGUAGCUGGCUCUGCUGGUCCUGCUGGGCCUCGUGGACCUGGUGGCGCUCCUGGACUUCGUGGAGACAAGGGAGAAUCUGGAGAGGCUGGAGAAAGAGGCAUGAAGGGACACAGAGGAUUCACUGGCAUGCAGGGACCUGCCGGACCCGCCGGAUCCAGUGGAGAUCAGGGACCUGCUGGUUCUGCCGGACCCGCUGGACCUAGAGGCCCCUCUGGAGCUGCUGGCUCUGCUGGUAAGGACGGUAUGAGUGGCCUGCCUGGACCCACUGGACCUCCUGGAACUCGUGGUCGCUCUGGAGAGAUGGGACCAUCUGGUCCUCCUGGACCUCCCGGUCCAGCUGGAGCACCUGGUGCCCCUGGUGGCGGAUUCGACCUCGGCUUCAUUGCCCAGCCACAGGAGAAGGCACCCGAUCCCUUCCGUAUGUUCCGUGCUGAUGAUGCCAAUGUUCUGCGCGACCGUGACCUCGAGGUAGACAGCACCCUGAAGAGCCUCAGCCAGCAGAUUGAGCAGAUCCGCAGCCCUGAUGGAACCCGCAAGAACCCUGCCAGAACCUGCCGCGACCUCAAGAUGUGCCACCCUGACUGGAAGAGCGGCCAGUACUGGAUUGACCCAGACCAGGGCUGCACUCAGGAUUCCAUCAAGGUUUACUGUAACAUGGAGACUGGAGAGACCUGUGUAUCUCCCACUCAGCGCGUGGUUGCCAAUAAGAACUGGUACGUCAGCAAGAACAUCAAGGAGAAGAAGCACGUCUGGUUCGGAGAGGCCAUGACCGACGGAUUCCAGUUCGAGUACGGCAGCGAGGGCUCUCAGCCCGAGGACGUCAACAUCCAGAUGACCUUCCUGCGUCUCAUGUCCACUGAAGCAACCCAGAACAUCACCUACCAUUGCAAGAACAGCGUCGCCUACAUGGACGCCUCUGUCGGCAACCUCAAGAAGGCCCUGCUCCUCCAAGGCUCCAACGAGAUCGAGAUCAGAGCCGAGGGCAACAGCCGCUUCACCUACAGCGUCCUGGAGGAUGGAUGCACGUCACACACCGGUACAUGGGGCAAGACAGUCAUCGACUACAAGACAACGAAAACAGCUCGCCUGCCCAUCAUUGAUAUUGCUCCUAUGGACGUUGGUGCUCCAGACCAAGAGUUUGGCCUUGAAGUUGGACCCGUCUGUUUCUUGUAAAAAGAGAAAUCUGGACUUGAAAUUGUUGUUGUGUGUGUGAGUGUGUUUUAUUUUUUCUAGCAGUCAUCUCUCUAAAACAAAGCCCCACCAAAACGUCCUUCUUUUGCCAUUUUUUCUGAAAACUCCAACCCCUCGCUCCCGAUUCUACGAUCAAAGUUUCCAUUCGGCCGUUGUUCCGAUGGUCCACUUUGCCUAAAACCUGCACUUCGACAAGAUGGCGGUGAUGCGGCAGUGUCGGCAUCAUCGUGUUUGGGACCACUACUUUUUUUGUUUCUGACUCUCGUUUUUUUUAUUUUUCGUUUGUUUUGUUUUGGUUUUUUUUUUUUACCAUCACCAACACCAAGGAUCCUGUAGAGAAGACAUUUUGUUUCACUGGCAACAAGAAAAUAAUAUAUGCUUCUGUAAAGUGUAAAAAUUGACUUCCCCUCUUCAUCCAGCCAAACCAGGCCUCUCUGGAGUUUACAGAAACCAACUGAAACACACAGGUGACUUUUGUAUUUUCAUACACCACCGCGGUGAGAGGAUUGAAAGGACAGCCCCAACAGACAGAACCCAAUUGCUUUGUACCACGUUUCAGGUGAUGAUGAAUAAACGGUGAAACUGA